AUGGCUCCCAUCGAACGCAUAACCCUCUUCAAAAUCCCCGACGAGGCUGCCAGAGACCGCGUCCUCGAGCAAUACAAGGUUCUCGCGAAGACCGCCGUCAAGGACGGCAAACCAUACAUUCUCGCCGCUGCGGCUGGUCCUUCAUUUCCAGACCCCCGCAACAAGGGCUUCAACCUCUCAGUGAAGACGACAUUUGCGUCGCUCGAGGAUAUGAAGUACUACGAUACGGAGUGCGAGGCACACAAGGCGUUGAAGGCGGUUGCGGGGCCUGUCAAGGAGGAUGUUUUGACGAGUUAUUAUGAAAGUGUUCUCUGA